AUGGCGAAAUUUUUCUUCGUUCUCCUUCAUAUCACUGCGCUGUUGCUCAGCGUCCAGCAAUUCGGUGAUGGAAAGAAGGUAAUGAUGGAGUAUAUUGGAGCAACAGGCAAGCCAAUAACAUUUGAUGAUGUUCCAAUAGAUGAGGGCAUUGACUUUCAUUUCAUUCUCAGCUUUGCCAUUGAUGCAGACCAUUUAGGGAACCCACAAAAUGGUAACUUCUCACCAUAUUGGGCAUCAAACCUAACCCCAGACUCAGUUGCAUCAAUCAAAUCCAAAUACCCUAAUGUUAAAGCCUUGGCUAGCCUUUCGGGUUGGAGUUUAGGUCAAAAAGUCCUUAAUUGGUACAAACCAGCCGACACUCACCGAUGGAUAUCGAAUGCAUUCACUUCCCUCAAAUCUAUUGUCAACACUUAUCAUCUUGAUGGCAUUGACAUUGACUAUGAAAGAUUCCCAAAGCACAAUGAAACUUUUACUUAUUGCAUAGGGGAGUUAAUAACUCUCUUAAAGAACCAAAGUGUUAUUUCUGUAGCAACAAUUGCACCAUAUUAUCGCACGGUUUUACCAUACAUAGAGUUGUACAAGAACUAUGGGGAUUUCAUUGAUUAUGUGAACCAUCAAUUUUAUACAGAUAAAGUUAGAACACCAAGAGGUUAUUUGAAGGCUUUUAUUCAAAGGAGUCAACAGUUUGAUAAGGAGAAAUUAAUUCCUAGUUAUGAAGUGAAUGGGAGAGGGAUUCAAGGGAAUGCAUUUUUUGAUGCUUUGAGAUUGUUGGAAAGUAGUGGAUUUCAUGUCAAUGGUGCCAUGAUAUUCUCAGCCGAUGCUUCUGCUGAGGAUAAUUACUACUAUGAAAGAAAAAUACAAGCAUUCUUGCUCAAUUCUAUUAGUGUAUGA